GCCCCGCCGCCUGGCAGUGAUCAGAGUCUCUGCUGACGGGGAGGGGAGUGCGUGCGUGCGGUGUUUUAUAACCUUCCCUUUUAGACAGCGAGCGCCAUCGAAGAGAGAGAGAGAGAGAGAGGGAGAAGCAUGGCUCCUCCCAAGAAAGGAGACGUGACAGCGGAGGAGAGCGAAUUACUAAAAGUCAUUUCUGAAGGAAAUGUUCAGGAAGCUGGAAGGUUACUGGGCAGUAAAAAUGUUCGUGUCAACUGCUUAGAUCAGCAUGGAAUGACUCCUUUAAUGCAUGCUGCAUAUAAAGGCAAGGCUGAAAUGUGCAAACUGCUCUUGCAACAUGGCGCAGAUGUGAAUUGUAACGAACAUGAGCACGGUUAUACAGCCCUUAUGUUUGCUGGACUUUCAGGUAGUAAAGAGAUAACCAGGAUGAUAUUGGAAGCUGGAGCUGAAAUAGACGUUGUAAACUCUGUAGGUCGAACUGCAGCACAGAUGGCUGCCUUUGUCGGUCAGCAUGACUGCGUAACUAUUAUCAACAAUUUCUUUUCACGUGAAAGACUGGAUUGCUACACAAAACCACAAGGCCUUGACAAAGAACCGAAACUUCCAGUCAAAUUAGCAGGGCCUUUGCACAAGAUCAUUAUAACAACAAACCUUCACCCAGUUGCGAUUGUGCUCAUGGUUAAGGAAAAUCCUUUACUGGCAGAUGUUGAGGCAUUGCGCAAGUGCUAUAGAGUACUGGAUCUUAUCAUUGAAAAAUGUAUGAAACAGAGAGAAAUCAAUGAAGUGCUGGCAAUGAAGAUGCACUACCUCAGUUACAUCUUCCAGAAGUGUAUCAGUUUCUUAAAGGAGCAUGAAAAUAAACUUGAUGGGCUUGUGAAAAGCUUAUUAAAAGGACGUGAUACAGAUGGUUUUCCAUAUUACCAAGAAAAAUUUAUAAGAGAAUGUAUCCGAAAGUUUCCAUGGUGCGAAGCUACACUUCUGCAGCAGCUUGUCAGAACCAUUGCUCCUGUUGAAAUAGGCAAUGAUCCAACAGCUUUAUCUGUAUUGACCCAGACCAUAACUGGCCAAAUUGGCUUCAUGGACGCUGAGUUUUGUACUGCUUGUGGUAAAAAAGAGGCAGAUAAAAGGUGCUCAAUCUGUAAAACGGUGAUAUAUUGCAACCAAAACUGUCAGAAGAUGCACUGGUUCACUCACAAAAAGGUGUGUAAAAAACUGAAAGAGUCAAGAGAGAAACAUGAAGCCAAAGAAAAAUCGAAGCAGAAAGGAAAACAAAACACUUCUGAAACCAGUGUAGGUGAAGCUGAAACUGUCCCAGAAUCUAAAGAGUACAGCAGCACUAUACAGCCAUCCUCCAAAGAUGGUUCAGAUUCUGGGGACAUUGGUACAGGGAUGAUAGCAGAAGCUGAAACUCCACAGGAAGACCUUGCCACAGAAAAACAGUCCAGCCAUCCUGUUGCAACAUGCACAGCUGAAGAAUAAAGUAGAUGUAAUAUAGCUCUGAUGUUCCUCCAGUUUUUAGUGUACGACCCAUAAACCAAUCUACAUCCAGCAACAAGGUAAUUGCUCCUGCCAUACAGUGAAAUCCAAGGCACUGCAUUCUGUUUAUUGUGCACUAAAUUCGUUUCAUGCUUUGAUCCUUGCCUGCACUAAAGUAACACAAGGUAAGGAAGCAAAGCAACCAUAAGAAAUAAAAACAUGAGUAGGCUGUUUGGCCAUCAUGGCUGAUCUUCUAUUCAAUGGAAUCAUGGCUGAUCUAGCACUUGUCAUGUCCACUUUUCUCAGUUUCCCUGUAACCCUUGAUUCCUCUACUGAUAAAGAAUCUGUUUAUCUCAGCCUUAAUAUACACAAGGACACUCUUUAUAGAGUGGAUAGGACUUGAUAUCUCCUCUGCUUUAUCUGUUAAUUGCAACGCGAAAAAGUGGGCUGUUCCCUGCUUAAAAUAGCUACAUGAUUGGACCUAAAAUUCAUUCAAUCAAUCCACAUAAAUUUGCAAAAAUAAUUCAAAAUAUACAUUUUUAAGAUUUAGCGAAAAUAGUGGUGUAUGAUUUGCUUUACCAUGAUCACACAGCUAAGAUCAAAAUAAAACAAACCACCUUCACCUGAAAAAGAACAUUAAACAUUCCCAGGAGUGUCAUUUGAGGGAAAAUAUCAGUUAAGCAUUUUUGCUUGAUUGUGAAUGUUGUUUGCGUGAGAUUUGUAUUUUUGUGAAUCUAACCCUUUUUUUUCACAUCUAAUGUAUACUUAAGAUUAACAUAGACUCUGGAACUAAGUUCAAAUGGAUGCAAUUGCAUAUUAACAGUAAAUUUUGAUUUUUUUUGUUGCUUCCACACUAAUUCUCCACCCUCUCCUUGUCGCCAUCAAUUAAGCCCAAAAAUAAAGCUACACCCUUAACUGAUAAAUUACUUAUGAUUAUAUCAAGGAUAUAAACUUGUUUUCUACCCUCACAACUGGGAAAUUAUCUCUAUCCAAAGACUGCAGCCAGAAAUUGUGAAGCAAUUAUUGCAGAAACUAAUUUAAUAUGACCCAAUUAAAUAUUUAUUUGUAAAACAAUUAUACACCAUUAAGUUUGUUUUUAAAAUGACAAAAUUGAUUAACGUUUGCUAAGAGGGAAUAUGGUAUAACUUCACAUCUACCGGAUACAUGAUAUAGGGAUAUAUUGCUCAAACUUGCUUUUCCACUCUUGGAAAAUAUAUGACUCCAAACAAGAAAAAAGAUUCCUUCCUUUUUAAGUAUGACCACUUGAAGUGAACAUCUCUAAAAGUUCUCUUUGGCCUUACCUUGAAUUGAAACAUGACAAAACUGUCCAAAAAUGCAUAGUUUCAAUUUGUUAUCUCCUUGUAGAUAAUAUCCAAAUAAAAAUAGUAUUUUGUUGAAGUUUUCCUGAACACACUGACAUUCAUGGACCAGGUAAUAGAGCAAUGGUAUAAUGCAAAAGUUUUUUUUUUUAAAAAUCAUAUAAUUUACAAUGCAUUAUAGUUUUAUUUCUAUGUUUGGUGUUUUCAAAAUAAUCCUUGCUGCAUUAACUGGAAAAUUAUAAAUACCAUUUUUAGGUAGAUUGUUUAUGACUAUCCUGUUGCUUUGAAGUGUUUGAAUAUACUGUGAUCUGAUUUAAAAUGUAUCCUAAAUCCUACCUGACCAUUUUACUUAUUCUUUACACCACACUAGUGCUUCUUUUGAGAAAGGCAAUUGGAAUGUACUGUAUUUGUGAUUUAGCCUUCCAAACAUGUACUACUAGUGUAAUUUGUAUAUUUUGUGUUUCACAUUAGGAUAGUUCACAAAAGUCUGUGCAUUUGGUUUAUUACACCAUUUUGUAACACUUGACUUGUCAUUUAAAAUCUCUUGCAACUGUGCGUUGAAACAUUUUAGUGUACUUUUCAUGGGAGUUAGUCAAACAAGAUGAGAAUUCUAAUGAUGUUGCAAUUUUUUUAGCAAUUUGACUGCCAAUCUUUAAAUUUAAACUUUGCGGCCUUGUUAUGGUUCGAGAUUCUCAUAAAAUGUAUUCAUUUGUUUUAUUUCACCAAAUAUAUUUUUGUGCACUAAGUUUCACUUGUAUCAAUACUAGAAAAUACUUGAGAACAAAUGAAUGUGUUUCUUUUUUAAAAAAUAAAGUUUCAUGUAAAUGAUA